AUGAGUAGAAAACUUGUUAUUGCAGAGUUCGCCGUUGUCACGAAGCCGGAGAGAAUGCGAGAGGCGGUGGUUUCGUCAUCAGAGGAGGAGGACGCUUUAGCACGAAGUCGAAAGAAGGUUAGGACGGGACCAGACGUGGUGGCGAAGGGGAGACCGGUUGUUCCACGAGUUGAGGGUUGGAUGGAAACAGUUGAGGUGAUGGACGAUGAGUUGGAGGAGGAAAAGCGGAAGACUUAUAGGGAUGCAUGUAUGAAGGAAAAGAGUUUGGAGGGUGUGGGAGCUCAGGUUAUGGAUGAGGAGAACGAGGAUGAGUGGUGGAUGAACGAGGAGGGCCGGCAAGCACGGAUUAAGGUGGAGCAGACACCGAAAGGACCGAAUAUUGUUCUACUUCCAGAGUUCAGGGCCACAAUUGCUAAACGUUGGUGUCGAUCCCUCAUUGUCACGGUGUUAGGGAGAAUGGUUCGGGAGGAUGCUUUGAGGGCAAAGGCAAAGCAACUGUGGGGCGACGUCGAGGCUGUAGGUAUUGGUGCUGGAUUCUUUCUGGUUACAUGCGGUAAUCGGGAAGUUUAUGAUCGUGCGCUAACGGGUGGUCCGUGGCUCAUGUAUGAUCACUAUAUCAGUGUCCAGCCAUGGAAGGAAGACUUUGACCCCGACGAUGAGGUGAUAACUUCUGCAGCAGCUUGGGUCAGAAUUUCGAAACUACCUAUGGAUUAUUAUGAUACUGGGAUUCUUCAUGUGGUGGGAAGCCAAAUAGGGAAGGUACUGAAAAUUGACAAAAAUACCAUAGGAAGAACAAAAGGGAGAUUUGCCAGAAUAUGUGUCCAUCUUGAUCUUACGAAGCCACUUCAGCCAUGUGUUCUUUUCAACGGGAAGGAGAAAAAGGUUGAAUAUGAAGGGCUACACUGGAUUUGUUUCAAUUGCGGAAAAUAUGGUCAUGACUCAAGUCACUGCUCGGAGGGAAGGCAGAGAAGAGAGGAGGAAGUUGUUGCCACGGUGGUGGACGAGGUAGGGAACUCAGGCAAGGAAAGCCCUCAGUACGGCGGCUGGAUGGUGGCUCAAAGGCCGUGGAGGGGAAAACGGGCAGGGGGUUUGGAUGGGAAGGGGAGAGACCAGCGGCAUGAAGGACGCGACAUCAAGAGCACUAAUACGGGGUCACGAUUUGCGGCGCUAGAGAUGGUCCCAGUUGAGAAAUAUAAGGCGAAGACACCGGUGAGUAUUACUGAUACAGCUGUCACGCCAGUUUUAAGGGAGAAAGUGAGAGGAUCGAGGAAGGACUUAAUUGUGCAGAAAAAUCAUGAGCCAUCUAUGUUCAAUAAGGAGAUUGUUUUGGCCCCACCAAAAACAACAGUUGACCCCAUGGAGGCGUAUUUACGGGCUAAAGAGAAAUUGGGUCUCAAUAAUCAAGUUACUAAAGAUGAAGUGGGGCCAAGUAAGGCUUGUAAUGUGAUGGAGGUUGAUUCAGAACCGCAAAGCAAUGGGCUUCUUAGAGCUAAAACACCAUCGCAUGGGCUUACAGAGGGGGAGCAUAUGGUGAAAGAGGACGAUCUUUUGGAUCCGGGUGCACUUGGGAAUGAUAGAUUUUUGGUUAGAUCUAAUCCACUCUCAAAUGUUGGAGUAGGCGUGGAGCACGGGAUGCAUAUAGACAAUCAAGGGGAGAGCAUGGUGGGCCCCUCGUUGUGCCAAUAA